AAUCCAAGUCCAAGAUGGCGUCGUCCCCUCAAACCAAACGGUGUGCGUCUGGCUCUUGCUUCAAGGAUGGCACUCUUCAUUGCGCCAAGUGCAAGGUCACUUUCUACUGCAGCAAGGUCUGCCAGAAGAACCACUGGGCCAAGCACAAGAAGCACUGCACUGCUCACAAACCUAUGCCUGAAGGCACCUUUGAGUUUCUGAAGCUCAACCGUGACACUCACCUCCUCGUUGCCCGCUACACGCCCGAUCAACAGGCCGAACACGAAUCUCUCAUCAAUGCCACCGGCGACCACUUCCACAUCAGAAACUCCCUGGAUCAAGUCAAGGGACAUUUGGAGAUCAGCCCUGGUACCCCUAUCUGGGACAUCAAGGGCUAUCAACCUCUGNUAGCCGCCAGAGGUCUUCUCAACGCCAACAAGCAGAUCAACGACGAACUUACCAGCACGCUCUUCUCCAAGAACACCUUCCUCAUCCCCGUAAGCGAACACUUUCGCUAUGCGAUUACCGGUCAGCUGUUUAGCUAUGUACUGGACACUGCCUCUUUGGCUCAGGUCAAGCAUUUGGUCAUCAGUGUGGGAGCUCAAUUUGACGUUAAGCAUCCUCGUCAUGGUAAUGGUGUUGCAGCUCUAAAGCACAACUUCAAUCACAUUGUCAAGAGUUUGAGUGUGCUGGGUAACAAGCUUGAGUCGCUUACGAUCCGCUUUGUCAGUUGCUCUUAUGGCAAAGUUGAGGAGAUGCGUGCGGAAAUUGAUUCUCUGCUCACUCAGCCUGAAGCUCGUUCUGUGCAGGUCAUGCGUGAGGAUGGUACUCNNUUCACCUUUGCCCACGACAACGUCGGACGCUUCUACACCUCUGCCUUUGACCUAGCCGACGCCUUUGAGGACCUGAGUAUUCCGGUCAAGAACUUCGAGAUCUAUGGUGAUGUCCCUGGCGAAGUGAUCCAGCGCUUGAACUGCAAGUUUGGCGUUGNNGCGUUGAUGACAACCACCAAGCCAACAACGAUGCCCACCAAGCCUACCCGCGAUCCCAAUCACCAGCGCCCCAAGAGUCUCGCUGAGCUGGUCAAGGGCAUGGCACCAAAGAACCCCAAUGACAAGAAGCUGGCUGCAUUUGCCGAGCAGAUCGCUGGUAUGCCUAUCAGAAGCCGUGGUGUCAAUGCUAUGUUGUUUGGUCCUCCUACCCCUGAGGAGAUGGAGAUGUUGCGUCGUCAGAUGGAAAAG